GUAGGCCUAAAAGGAACGGGGACAGCAAGUGGAGAGGGGGCCCGGCGGCUGCUCCUCCUCUACUCUGGGUUGGACCGGUCAGAGUAGGUAACUGAGGCCCAGAGGAAGUGAAGUGGCCGGUCCAAGGUCACCCAGCAGACAAGUGGCAGAACCGGGACUGCGUCCAACAGAGACAGUGUCGGAGGCGAUUCAAACGGAUUCGGCCAAGGUCCUGCUCGCUGGGCUCCCUCCGGAGAGACAUCCUCACCGGAUAACAGACUGAAGAAUGAAGACAAGAGGCCGCCUCUUUCUGAUUCUGUUGUGUCUCCUGGUCGGCACCGCCUUGUACGUCCUCCUCUGCGGCCAGCUUUGCUCCGGGCUCUGCUGGCACAUGUGCCAGCCGCGGCGCCAGCCUGACCGCCCCUGGCCCACCGUGCCUGGCCCCCUGCGCUUCCAGGGCUACAGCAGCGUUCCCGAUGGGAAGCCGCUGGUCCGCUCCCCGUGUGGCUGCUGUGCGGUGGUGUCCAGCUCGGGCCAGAUGCUGGGCUCCCGGAGGGGGCCGGAGAUCGACAGGACGGAGUGCGUGCUGCGCAUGAACCAGGCGCCCACGGCCGGCUACGAGGCGGACGUGGGCAACCGCAGCACCCUGCGGGUGGUCUCGCACACCAGCGUUCCCCUGCUCCUCCGCAACCAGUCCUACUUCUUCGGCCAGUCCAGGGAGACGGUGUACGUGGUGUGGGGGCCCGGGAAGCACAUGAACCGGGAUGCGGGGGGCUCCACCUACCGCACCUUGCUGAAGGUGAAGGAGAUGUACCCUGGGCUGCAGCUCUACACCCUCACCGACCACAUGAUGGCCUAUUGCGACGAGGUCUUCCAGAACGAGACCGGCAAGAACCGGAUGAAAUCAGGCUCCUUCCUGAGCACCGGCUGGUUCACCAUGAUCCUGGCGAUGGAGCUGUGUGAGCGGAUCGUGGUCUACGGCAUGAGAGAAGAGCCCUCCCUCCGUGCCUUAUCACUACUUCGAGAAGGGCAAGCUGGACGAGUGUCGCAUGUACCUGGCCCACGAGCGGGCUCCCCGCGGGGCCCACCGCUUCAUCACAGAGAAGGCCGUCUUCUCCCGCUGGGCCAAGAAACGGGACAUCGUCUUCACCCAUCCUUCCUGGCAGGGGGACUAGGGCAGGCAGGGAGGAGACCGCCCCCAGGACCCCAACUCCCCACAUGGGCAAGGGGCACCACCAGCACCUCUCGACCCAUCCUGGCCCCCGGGCUGGUCUCGGCAGCUCCAGGCUCCCCAGAAGCUUUCCUCAGCACCAGCACGCUUCUCCGGCCUUUAGCCGAGUCUCUUCUGAUGCACGGGGUUGCCCAGCGGGACCUGAAGGGGAGAGGGACCAGCCCACUCCCCAGGCAGCCUCGGGUCUCAGCCCUGACUCCGAACCUGGAAGGUUUAAUUUAUAAGUCUGAUGGCUUCCAGUUUCCGGAACUAGCGACUGCUCCCCGGGAUCUCUGGAGAGAUCCGGGAAGAGGAAGGAAGGCAGAAUUCUUCUCCUCCUCCCUGUCCCACUACUGCUGGAAGUUUGGAGGAAACCUGAUUCUGCGUCUUUUGUAUGUGAUUUUGCUGGAAAUGAAUUUUCAUGGGAGGGGGCGGCCAGCCCCGGGCCCCAGUCAGGCAUGCCCACUGGAGUGAGGGAAACAUCCCCACAUCUACCUGAACAAAUGUCCCCCUCUCCUGCUUCUCCCUGGCACCUGGGUGUGAGGGAAUGGGCCUGGGAGGAUGGAAGAUCAAGGUCUGGACAGACUGGGAUCACAGUGGGGCCACGGUUGGGAUCAGGUAAGGUCUUCCCAUGAAGCCCUCAACCGCCUUCCACUUCCCUCCCCUAAUCCUCCCCUCCACCACCGCCCCUCCCUGCCUCCAACACAAAGAGAGGGUGGCUGGCCCGUCCUUCAUUUCCUCCCAGAACCCGGACACUGGGACCCCAAUCCGUGGGAGGAAACCGACCUUUGGGAGUCCUGGGGUGGGACCUUUGAGCUGUACAAAGGUCAAGGGGAGAUCAGGCCACUCUUCACCAGCAGAAUGACUUUGGCUGUGACCUUUAAGGACAAUCAAGAGGCCUUGGUGCCCAAAUGAGGAAGCUGAGUGGUGGUCUAGCCCCCUCUGACUGGGAUGGGAUUAGAGCCGAGAGAUCAGGCCAGCUGCCUCAGGCCCAGCUGAUGGGGUGCUUGCCAGGGUGAGCAAAUCACUGGAUUUCCCCUUCAGUUGCCCAGAGAGGUUUUGGAAGCGUAACAGCAGGGGUAUUUGCAGGGCCUCCAAGAUGACCAAAGGUGGGUCAGUAGUCCCCCUCACCACCCCGCAACGGUAGUGGGACAGAGCCAGUAAGCAGCCAUUAGGAAAAGAAUGAGGAGGGACUCUGCUGCCGAUCAAUGGAGAGUCUCGUUGCCUCUCACUGGCUACGUAAGUCAUUUCUUAAGGGGAGCAGUGAGGCCUAGGGCAAAGGAUUUUCUAGGGAAAGAGACUUAAAAUCCCAUCACCACCCCCCUGCUAGUUGCCAGCAGGUGUUAGGAUUGUACAGGAAGAUUUUCUGCUUUUUGGUCCAUCCUCACCACCAUGUUCAGUGCCCGGGCAAGAGUCGUGUUCCUAGCCCAGCCAGAUAGCUCCCUUGGGGAGUGGAAAGGGGGUUAAGUUAACAACUAUGUGAACUGUUCUCUCCCUUGAAUGGAUGUGACUGAAGAGGAUGGAAUGUAAGUCUGGCCUCUCUCCCUACCCUAGCCCAGUCCUUUCCCUGUGAGUUUCUCCAUCCUGCCUCCUUUCAAUCAAUUGAUCAGUGGUAUUUAUUGAGCACUGUACUAAGUGCUUGGGAAUAUACAAUAGGACAGAGUAAGCAGAGAGGUUCCUUGCCCACAAUGAGCUUGGAGUCUAGAAACCUCCACACCCCCAGCAGACGCAGGACUCAUCACCCAACACCCCCAAGAACUAUUGGCCACCCAAAAGGGAUAGCCCGACAGGUAUUUACCUCCUCCUUGGGCAUUUCAGACCUAUUCUCAUAAGGAUUUUUCCACACAUAUUCACUCAUGCGUGCGCGCGCACACACAUACUUCACCUGUGAAAAUGCAGCCACUUCUAGGGUGGUACUGUACCCCAUGCACUCCCACGGGAAACAGGACAUGAAGACCCCUAGUUCCCCACAGGAGAUGAAGGUUAGUUUAGGUUCUGCAGUAAUGGGCCUCCUUGCGUCGGGAUCAGAUCAGCUCGUGGUUUGGUAGGGCUGGUCUUGGCUCAUCAGAUGGAAACAGCAAUAAAGACUCACCCUUGCCCCAAGCUCUAUCUGGUUGGGAAAAUGAGUUUUAGAAUAAUGAAAUGUCUCAUCAAUCUCAGGGUGUCUGGCCUGGCAGGGCGAUUUCUGUCCAGAGCCUCGGUCAGUACAUCAGCUACUCUGGAAAGGGACCACCUUUCCUCUUCCUUGCCCUGAGAUGCUCUGUCCCUUUGUUGCUAAGUGUCCUUGGAUUGAAGACCAAAGCAAUUAGCCAAUAAAGUCACUUUGGAUUCUG